GGGCGCCCAAGGUUCCCUGACGAGGACGGGCCGUUGUUGCGAAAGCGCGCAGUGUUACGAAUUAGCGUAGUUUUUGCUUCGGGCGGUACGUACUGUGGCGCGAUGAUGCAAUAUGUCAUUGCCAGCUGUUUCGUAAUGUGUUCCCUUACAAGCGGUCCGUAAACAAUUACGCUUCAGGUGAAGAUACCCGUUUAAACGACGUUCGCCAGAGUCCUGUGUAUGCUGCGACCUACGCCUCGACGGAAGCCGUUGUUCGCAGGCGCAAGUGCUCCGUGUGUGUGGGUGUAUGUGUGUGUGUUUGUUCAGUGUGCACAAAGCAUAGCGUUGUUGUUAAACAGCGCAAGAGGCGCGUCGUGCGUGAAUCAGCUGAUCCGUUUUCGUCACCUAGCUGUGCCGCGCCGCGCUGCAACAUUAACGUCGCUGGUAGCCGGCAGCACAAGCGGGUACCACCUAUUUGCGCUGACGCCGGACGAUGGCGUGGAGGAGAUAUACGCGAGCCGCUCCGGGCAGGAGACGUGCCUGGUGGAUCGCCUCUUCAGCAGCUCCCUGGUGGCUGUGGUCACCGUCUCCGCUCCCAGGAAGCUGAUAGUGUGCCACUACAAGAAGGGCACCGAGAUAUGCAACUACAGCUACAGCAACACCAUCCUCGCGGUGAAGCUGAAUCGCUCCAGGCUGAUCGUGUGCCUGGAGGAGUCGCUGCACAUCCACAACAUCCGCGACAUGAAGGUGCUGCACACGAUCCGCGACACGCCGCCCAACCCGCGCGGACUGUGCGCGCUGUCGCCGUGCGUGGACCACUGCUACGUGGCGUACCCCGGCUCCAGCGCCGUGGGCGAGGUGCAGAUCUUCGACGCCGUGCACCUGAACGCCAAGUGCGCCAUCAGUGCGCACGAGAGCCCCGUGGCGGCGCUGGCGUGGUCCAUGUGCGGGCGGCGGCUGGCCACGGCGUCGGAGCGCGGCACCGUCAUCCGCGUGUUCUCGGUGCCGGAGCGCGUCAAGCUGUACGAGCUGCGGCGCGGCGUCAAGCGCUGCGUCUCCAUCGCGUGCCUGUCGUUCAGCGCGUGCGGCACCUACCUCGCCGCCACCUCCAACACGGAGACCGUGCACGUGUUCAAACUGCAGGAGGGCGCGGAGGUGGGCGCGAGCGGGUCGGCCGGCGGCGGCGGGGCGGAGGCGGGCGGCGGCGAGGGCGAGGCGGGCGGCUGGAUGGGCUGGCUGUCGGCGGCGGUGUCGGCGGGCGCGGGGUACCUGCCGGCGCACGUGGCGGACGUGCUGGCGCAGGGCCGCGCCUUCGCCGCCGCGCGCCUGCCCCGCACCGGACACCGCGCCGUCGCAGCCGUCACCAACGUGAGUCGCGCGCCGCGGCUGCUGGUGGCGACGGCGGCGGGCGUGCUGUACGUGUACGCGCUGGACGCGGGCGAGGGCGGCGAGUGCGCGCUGCUGCGCACGCACCGGCUGCUGGCCGCGCCCGAGCCGCCCGCGCACGCGCACGCGCACGCGCAGCUCGCCGCGCACGACGCCGACGCGGGACUCGCGGCCAACAGUUACGCGGGCGCGCUGCGAGGACGGGACCCCGCGCGGAUGACAGAGUCGGAGCGCGCGUGCGAGCUGGGCGCCGCCAUGGAGCCGUCGCCGCCGCGCGGGCCCUUCGACCUGCGCGACCCGCGGCACUUCCCGCCGAUGCGCACCGCCGCGCCCGCGCACGCCGACGGGGAGCCCGCGCAGUAGCGUCGCCCCGCGCCGACCCCUACCGACCCCUACCGACCCACGCCAUCCUCUAAGUUCGCGACUCGCGAUGACUAAUCGUAUGCUUGUGCUGUGUGCGGGCUGUGAGUAGUGUCUGCUCCCGCCGCGUGACGCCGCGGACCACGCGACCAAAGUUGAUGCCCUACAUUUAACACUCAAGUCACCGAUUCUCCUUAAUAUGGGGCAUUGAAUAAGAGAUUCAAACACUGUGGCAUACGACAUAUUUUUUUACGUUAUUGUCAUUUCCGAAUACCAAUUUAUAAUUAAUGAACAACACGAAAGUCGUAAUUAUUCAUAAAUGUACUUUAAAAUAUGGCAUAUGAUUUGUCUUGUUUGUUUAGUAGUCAUGUGUUGAGGAGACUCGGUGCCGGCGCCAUAAGUGUUCAGUGCAAGGUGAGUGGGCGCGUCCCCGCGGCGGGCGACGCUUGCGAUGUGUGACGCGAGGCGCGCGACCCGGCGCCCGCCGUCGUGUCGCGUGCGUGAUAUGUAUAUGUUUUAUUUAAAAUUCGUCUUGUCUGUUGUAUCGCGUGCAUCUAAUGCAGGUCCUAAUUAGAUAUCGUUAUACGAUAAGUACAACUUUCAUCAUCCAUAGAUUUGUUAAUUUAUAUUAGCAUCUGUCAAUACAACAUGCACGGUCGCAUCGCUAUAUCUGUUUUAUUUAAUGAUAAUGCGAAUAAGAAUUAGUUUAUUAAAUUAGUCGCGUAACGUUUUAAUUAGGGCUUGAGUGUACAUGUGUCGCGGUCCGCGUCAACUAGUCUCUGCUGUUUUAUAUACUUAUAUUAAAUUUUAAUGCAAAAGCAAUAUUAUAUACAUUAUUCAAUUUAAUAAUAAUUUUGAACGUGAAGUAAGGAAUGAUCACCGGAGCUUAGUUAUAGUCUAUAAGACCGCGCUAUAGGUCGAUUACCGAAAGCUGGCGCGUACAACACAUUCACAAGUGGUGCCUGUGGAGUGUGUGAAUAAUAUACGUCAGUUGUCAUGACAACGUAUUGCAUACGCAUUAAUAAAGUAAAAAUUAUAGUGAGAUGUUUUGCUGCAUCUAUGCAUCUGGCCCUUCAAUAAUUAUAAUAAAAUGAAACAUGUUUUUAAACUUACUGUAUAGGUGUGAGUAGCUGCUGUGAACAUGCCAGCUUUAAUUAACCGAUCUAUACUUACGUUCAACGUGAUCACACGUCGCGUGACGUCACGCGUCACUAUUUAAUAUUUCAUACAGGAAAUAAUAAAAUGCUUUGACAAACUUUAUUUGUGUAGUCAUGUGAAUGUCUAUAUUACCUACACUAAACUAUAGAAUCAUAAUUUUUUCGACGAUAUUCUUUUAUAAUAUAUAGAUAAUAUUAUAUAAAAAAUAUAUACAUAAAUAAAUAGAAUUACGAAACGACGUGCGCGGGUGGAAGGGUACCUCUCUGUACUCUGUAGUGUACAUACUUGUCUAUGGAGCACUAGUGUUUAGUACGUAGGGAGAUACGUUAUAAUAUUAUAGUUUGUGAGACACGACGGAUGAGGAACGCACUGAAAGCUUGGCUAUGUGUUUGUGAUUGGGCGUGAGAAAGCGACAAUUUAGUUUUAAUCACGUGCCCACGACUGCCGCAAAAAUAAUAAAAAAAAAUAUUGUCAAAAUUGUAAAUAAUUUGGCGGCGGUGUGGGCUGGCUCAGUUUUAGGUUAUGUUUAGUGGAGAGAGGCGCCUCGGGGCUCCGUGGAGCGACGUACAGCCACCAGUACGAAAAUAGCGUGCAGCGCGCUACACGCAAGGGUGGUCACACGGUGAUAGCACCAUGCGAUCACGUAAGACCCACGUCACGAAGUUUGAUUGCGAUGGGUCGAAAGAGACGUGUGGGUUACAUAUACCUCUCCCGACCAAUCACAAUCAAACACGUUCGUCUAGCGGCACAGGGCUAUCUGUAAUAGCGUCCGUAUGUGCAUGUCACCUGCAGUAUAAUGCACCCUCUCGCUCCACGGUUUUAAUGUUAUUGUAAAACCAUCGUGGGACGUCAAUUCCCACGUGAGCAUCGCCCUCGCGUCUUGGCGUCUCCACCUUAUGUACCUACCAAAUAUCGCGACGCAGCAACGCAGGUCCAUUCUGACGGCACCAGCGCCCACCACGCGACUUCACCUGGCUUCACUGCUGCCCACGCGGCUUGCCGUCAGAAUCGCCUGCAUUUACAUUGUUUCAAUUGUGAUAAGCGUCGGCUCACCAUCAGGACAUAUCUCACUUUAUGAAAAUAUCUAAGAUGUGUUGUUGUAUAGUAAGUCGCAAAAGUAGCUGAGGAAAUUUAAAACUUGAAAGCGUCUAUACACUUUAAGUUUGAAACAUAUUUUUUGUUUGAGUGAAAUAAAUUAAGUCUCUUGGCGACUUGCAGUUUUGAAUUACUUCAGCUGUUUGUGUAGGUAACCGCACUACCGAGAAAUAUAUUAAAAAGAAAUCAGUUUUCAUUACUGUGUGUGUGAGCUGACGCAGACGCGUGGGACGCGAUGCAUGCGUACGCUAAUUAAUGCACUUACAGACAAUGGGUACCUACGUCGUAAUGAACACUGCAUACAUAAUAUGAACUUAAAAAAAGCUGCAGAAAACAUUCAAAAUUGAUUACAUUUGUGAGAAUAAAACACUUAUGUAUAUAUAGAUUAUACUGCGUACUAUGGACUGUACUUUGUUUUUAAAUAAUGUGAUAAACAUACAUUUUUGUAAGUUUUCAGGUAAAAAUGUUUAUACUAAAAUGUAUUUUGUGUGAAACUGUGUACUGUAAACUCCUAUUCUCACAAUGUAAUAAACCCAUGAGCAGGUCAUAGAGAAUCAAAGACUACUGUUUCGUGCAUCCUGUCUCGCGCGCCGCUAGCUAAAUUGUAUAUAAACGAAUAAAUAUUUUUACAAAACCCAAAA